UCACUCACACACUCGCAAUCGGUGCUCUCGUUGCUUGCACACGAAUAGCAGAGACGUUGAGGAGUGGGGCUUUCAACGGAGGAGCAGCCAGGUCCGCCUCCCGCCUGCCUUUGUGGCUUCCAAGGACCGCGUUUCUCUCAGAUUCUCCGUGCACCGUGAAGCUUGUUGAGGGGGAGUGGAGGCAGAGAUAGAGGGCAAUGGCGCGUCAGGUGGUUCUUGCGGCCGUUCUUUUGCUGAUCGCUGUUGCAGUUCAGGCGAGCGCGCAGACUCCGACUGAGGUGACCAUCGGUUAUGUCACCUACGCAGGCAAUGGCUGCAAUUACGACAACACCAACUGGGUGCUGUCGAACGACUACAAGUCUGUCACCUUCAUGUUCGGCGGGAUGGUUGCGACCACGGACGGGUCKCUCGCCGACAAGAGGAAGUCUUGCCAGAUGUCGUUCUYYAUGARCUACCCGGAUGGCUGGAGCGUCUCCAUUGGUCAGGCCACGGGCCGCGGGUUCGCUGACAUCGCCGAGAACUCCGACGGCAUCUACGAGACGCACUACUACUUCUCCGGACAAACGGGGACGGCGAUGGUCGAGCGCAAAAUCAAAGGCCCAAAGGUUGGCAGCUUCGAGUUCACGGACGACUUCCUGACGCUUGUCUGGAGCGAGUGCAACAACGCUCCCAACCUGAACAUCAAGACGGUGGUGAGAGUGGAGGGUCAGAAGGCUGUGAUGGCGCUCGACUCCCAGGACACCAAGUUCCAGCUCAUCUUCAAUCUCCAAUGGAGGCAGUGUCCGCAAAAUUGAGACCCGCAUUCACCAACUCGCACUGAGGGUGGAGGCCCUGGCGGGUGAGCGGGAGGAGACAAAGAGCGGAGGGGUGGGCGAUGAUGGCGAUCAUAUCAGGCCUUCCAUCUGAUUAGUGGUAUCUUAUACAAGAUAGUGAAGAAUUCUUUAUGCCAGGCUUACUGUCUAUUCCCUUUGUCAACGAGUAUGCUCAAUGACAUACUGAAUGAAUGUGUCACACAAAU